AUGGGAUGUGGCGGAGAUCGCGAGAAAGGAAAUAUAGCGCUGGAGGAGAAAUGGGACUACGUGAACCUGAACGAUUUCAAAUCCGAAUCGUGCUGGACCCCCUUCUCAUACUUCUUUCUCUGGUUAUUCCUCAUCAUCUCACUUGCCGUCUAUGGUGUCGAUACAUUUACCGCGGUCAAUUUAUUGGCCUUCUCCCGCUGGUCUGGCCGAGUCGAACCAGCAAUUCCCUUCAGAAUUUCGCGCUGGAUUUUCGCAGUGUGUAUUAUCGUCUCAUUCGCACUUCUUGCCUAUCGAUGGAUUCUCGCCAUUCGCGCCAUUCGCUCUGGCAGUAUCCCCAAAAGUUAUCUGGAUCCUCUCGCGGUCCGAAUACAGAGUGUCCGCGUGUUUGGUUCCAAAGGCCAGGGCUGGAAACGCUUCCUUGUCUUCGCUGAAUUGACGAAGAGUAAGAAGGGUGCUGAGUAUGUCGCUCUAUAUACCUAUUUCUCUUUCCAGUUCUGGAUGAACACCAUCUUUGCGGAUGGACCUCGACAAGUCAUCAACGCCAUCACCUUGUACUCUGUCAUGAAAGCCGACCUAGUGCCCGGUGGUGAACAUACCACCAAGGAUGACGAUACCUCGCCAGUCCUCCAAUUCUUCAAUAAUAUUAAGAUUCUUGCCGAAGAAAAUAACCUCCAAGCAGUUGUCUUGUUUGGUAUGCUCUUCACCCUGUUUAUCUGGGUCUUGUCGGUGUUGAAGUUGUUGUCAGCCAUGAUCCUGUAUUUGGUCUUCCUUUUCCACCACAUUUCACAGAAGGAUGGUACUCUGAGAGCCUACUGCCGUCGCAAGAUUAGCACCCGACUCAAGCGAAUUGUUCGGCACAAGGUUGACAAGGCUCUUGCCAAAGGGUUCCAGCUCCAGAGUCGCACGGCAACACAGCCCAGUUUGGCAAGCUCAGAUUCGAAGCCCACACUGCCUGACAUGGACAAGGGACCAAUUGUGACAACAUUGUCGCGCAGUACUACGGAAACAACGAUGGCAACUCUGCCUCCGUAUACUCGAAGUAAUUCUGCAGCUACCGAAAGGAACCCAACCUUGCCGAAUGUCCAAAUGGAUAUGAAGCCAUCAUUAACUCGCUCGACUACGCAGUCUUCAGGAAUUUCGGAAUCAGCUUCGUUGACCAACAACGCGGCUUCAAUGGGUUAUAGUCCUCUGGAUCGUCAAAACUCUCCAUUGCCUCCUGUCCCACCACUACCCGUCGGGGUUACCCCCGCAAGAACAGGCUCGGUUCCGUCGCGCUCGACGCCUGGACCUCGUACUGGCCCAGGGGCCGAGCCCUUCAACCCUUUUACCCCAGCCAAAGACCCGUAUGGCCCAUCAACAACACCCGCACCGUUCGAUUACUUCAACGGCUCUCAUAACACUCCUCAUGACGACUAUUAUGAGGGCUCUGGCGACAUGUAUGGCGAAACCGGGGAUUAUGAUUAUUAUGGAGGGCCAACGACCCCCUAUAGUCAGAUGGCCGCUCCUCGCUCCCAAGGAUAUGUGCCUCAAGACCCUUACCAGGCUCGGUCUUAUACACCAGCUAGCACUGGCGCACCCCCUGGCCCACGGGCCGAUGUUCAAAAUCCAUACCAAUCCAGGUCCUAUACUCCAGCAAGCGCGCAGGAUCCAUACCAAUUUCGGUCAUACACACCCGCCAGCACUGGUACAGGUCCCCGCUCCCAGGGUGAUAGUCAAAAUCCGUACCAGGCCAGGUCUUACACCCCAGCCAGCACUGGCGCAAACCCGCAGGGUGGCACUCAAGACCCAUACCAAGCGAGGUCUUACACUCCAGCAAGUGCAGUUUCGGCGCCGCGCUAUCAGACAAGUGGGCAGGAUCCGUACCAGGCUAGAUCAUAUACACCCGCAAGUACUGGCGCUGGGUCGCGAUCUAUAACACCAGCCACUUAUCAUGGCACCCCUGCUCCUGAAAGGAGCCAGCAGGGUGUCCAACCUCCACCAAGAGCGUAUACUCCCAUGGACUCUGCCCAAAGCGGAAGUUACACAUCAUUCAACCCUGCAGGAUCGGCGUCUACACCGCAGCCGCAGGCUCAAAGGCAAAUGCCUUCUGCACCACCGGGCCAUCGGCCGUUUACCCGUGCAAACACGGGAUCCACAUCAAUGAACCGUGAUGGUCCACCGGCUGGGUACGGCUUCAAUCGCGCCAACACCAAUCAAUUUUGA